CAGCGUGUCGGAUAGGUGUUAGUGUUUGUGAAACUCAACCAAAUUAGAACCUGUUUGUGUACAUUAUUUAAUUAAAAGUCAAACUAAAACAAUAAUAAACUACAUAUUUAUAAAUUUGAGUGUUCAGUGUUAAUUCUAUAUGAUUUUUAUUUGAUUUCUGUGUACAUAAGUGUGUUCUGAAAUAGUGAAAACUUGUGACGGUCUUUGGUUGGAGGCUUUACGUCUUUCUGUCUUCUUAUUCGUCGGAGGCAAUUAGUGACCAAGAUAAAGCCAAGACAAGACAGCAAUUUCGGAAGUGGACCUAGGCAAUAGCUGAAGGUGCCUGAGGGGGUCAUGAUGGCACCCAGCGUGUUCCAGAGAAACAAGUCGCCGCGCUCUUCACCAGGGAACAUGCCUAGGAAAUUACAGAACGGCACAGGAGCAAGCCAGUCGACUCCUACCGCCGACUCCAGCCCCGGGAACUCGAUCUCCGACGCAGAGAACUUCGAAUGCUACGGCGAAGCUGAUGGUGACGCACCCAGUUCAAAUACAUUAGAAAAUGGAUCCAGAAGUCCCGGUAAUCAUUUAAACAGACACUCAUGGACGAGAACCAGUCUCAGGCGGACCCCACCGAGUCAUCAAGAGAAUCUGCCGCAUCGGCGAUGGGGCUCUAUGCGACACUCGGGGAAGCGACAAAUCGGUUCCAAUGUCUUAGCCAGCCAAUUGUACCGGUCGUCGUCCUUCAACUCAUCCGGGUGCGGAUCGGGUGGGGAGCCAGCUGACGACAUGUACUCUGAUGUGUCACUCGAGGAGGAUGUUCAAGGUCUCAAUUACAAGGUUCAGCUGUUGCAGCAGCAAGUGACGUCACUGGCGGACACUCAGAGCACCGCAGACGAGAGGUACGCCCGCGCCAAGUCUGACAACGCGGUUCUGCAAGCGCGAGUACACAUGCUCGACGAGCAAAUCCGAGAGAUCGAGUGCAGAUGCGAGGAGCGCAUAGCGGAAGAGCAAAAACGAUGCCGGGAAGCGAUCUCUCGCGUCGAACGCGACCGCGAUGCGCAGCUGUCCGCACUCACAGACCGGCUGGGUGCUGCUGAAUCAGAAGCAUCCCACCUUAAACAGGAGGUCGGACGGCUACGCGGUGUAGCAGAAACGUUACGUGCAAACGCCGACAUCGGCACUCGUAGCGCCCGCGAAGCGCAGGAAGCCGCGGGCGAGCUCGCAGCGCAACUCAGCGCAGCGCGGGACGCGGAGCGACGUGAGAGAGAAGCUGCCGACUCCGUCCGAGCGCAACUUGCCGCUGCGCAACUUGAGCUGCGAACCCUGAGGGCCGCCCCGCCCCCACCGCCUGACCCUCGCCUUGAUGAACUAAGACAAGAACUGACGUUGCUUCGUACGCAGAACAAAUCUUUAACGGAAGCCCAAGAGGAACUCCAAGCGCAAAUCUUAACCCGCGGCGUAGAAGAAGGACGCAGCUUGCUCGACGGCGUAAGCGGACCACUCGUUGCUACGAACUCCCUCGCGCAUGAACUCUCGCAGAUGAGCGAUCACGAGCUCGAUGGUAGCACACACACAGAUCACAGCAUAGAGUUGGAAAAGUUACAAAAAGCUUUGAAAGAACAGCAGGACGUGAACGUUCAAUUGCGGGACUACAUAGAUGGCAUACUUCUGUCGAUCGUCGAAAACUACCCACAGCUGCUGGAGGUGAAACAUCAAAAAUCCAACUUCAAGUCAUAACACCCAUUCAAAAAGUAGUAGAGUGAACUUCAGAUGGAUAAGUUAGGCCCUCAUUUUAUGACAUUCAAGUCUUAAUCCAAAAUCCUGGAAUGGAAUUACGUGUAACGGUUCUAAAACCUGACCAGGGAAAUAAAAAACCUGUUCUGGGGACGCCAAAAUUCAAUUCUUAAUGCUGGAAUAGAUACACAUGUACCGGUGGAAAGCCUCACCAGUGAACAUAAAAAAACCUGUUCUGGGCACGCCACACUUGCAUUGCAAUACAUUCGACUGAGUAAGUGUAUAGAAAAUAAUAGUUUCACUUUUAUGCGCAAUAUGGCAGGUUUUUUAUUUUCCUGGCCAGGAUUUAAUUAACAAUCUAACUGUGUAUCGCUAAAAUGCGAUGGGCGUGUUCAGUCCAUGGGCUCUUACUUAGCAAAUGUUAUUAAAAUUUAUAUUAAUACCUCUUUCAUUUAAUAUUUUUAUUUAAUUUAAUAUUUUAAACAACCUACUUGGAAUUUAAUGUUUUUUCGCAUUACUGUUAAUCAACUCAUGCGUUUUAAUAUCAUCUUAAGUCUUAAACUUGCUUAGUAUACCACAAGAAAAAAGUGCCAGUUUUUAUCAUGUAAACGCACGGUAUGGGCGAUCUAAGUAGCCAGACUACAGUAAGUCACGAGAAGUAUCGCAUAUUCUGCUGUAAGGAAUUUAUAAGAAGCCAGUAACAUUUUUUGUAUAAAAAAAAAGCUUAAGUUUCGGAGAGCCAUCUCAAAAGCCCGGCCAAGAUUACGUGAACUGCACACUUUCACGCCUCCAUAAAGAUCAGGUAUAAGGUAAAUAGUAUUUUGUCUAUACCAAUGGCUUGGUCAAAAAUAUUAACAUUAAUUACUGGCUUCGACAACUCAGCCGAGCUAAAUCUCUACCAAUUAGAAACAUCGAGUUCCUCUGCCAAGCAACUGUCUAAGUGUAAAUAGGGCCUAAUAUUCAUAGCAUAUGAAUAACAAUCCCUAUUAAUAACAAUAACAAUACCUAUUUUAAAAUAUGUGUUCCAUUAAAAUAUAAAAUUA